GGAAGCAACAGUUUCUCUUCCCACUUUACACCACCAAGAUGCAGUGGUUAGUUUUGUGUGCUGAGAUAUUGAUUUGUAUCUCCGCUGCAUAUGCAAAUAUACUAUGCUCUGUUCCAGAUACGGAUAAGGCUUUGGUAACAGCCCUUCUGGUAAACAUGGAAAGGAAAAUUGAAGCAAAUAACCCUCCAGAUCCCAGCGUCCUCUUGGCAUUAAAUAUGGGAGGUAGCAUAGACACCGAUGCCAAGAUAUUGCUGACACAGCAACUAAAAGAAGAUUCAGCUAACAAAGUGACUCAAGAUCUGCCCUUUAGUUCUGGUAGAGUUGCACUUUAUACCCUUGCCCUUCGUUCCUCUUGCUGUGAUCCCACCAAAAUACCUGCUGCUAAAGGAGACAUCAACCUUGUAUAUAUUCUAGAGGAAAAAACACAAGAGGAGAUAGCUAGCAUUGAAAAUACUCAGUCACCACUGACCACCCUUUACCAGGUGGCUCUGGAUGUCCUUGCGCUUUGUGUCAUGUCCAGUCCUGAAGCAUUUCAAGCUGCAUACACACUUGCCAAAGUUAUUCCACCAAAUCCAUCUGGACCUUUAUUUACUGUUGACACUGCAGCCAUUGGAGUAAUGGGAUUCACUUGUGUGCUUGCCAUGGAUGGUGUCCCUCCUCAGAUGCUGAAGACAAUGAAGAUGGCUCAGUCCUCGCUUUUGACUCUGAUUCUUAGAGAGCAAAAGAGCGAUGGAGUCAUUGGCAAUAUUUACGCCACUGGUCUUGCAGGGCAGGCUCUCACAGCAGCACAGUCCUAUUACUCCCCAGAAUACUGGAACUGCCCACGUACACUGCAGCAAGUGUUGCAACAGAUUCCUCUGGGAACCUUUGCCCUACCAGGGCCUGCUUCUCAGGUGCUACCCUUCCUCAAUGGUAAAAGUUACAUGAAUGUGAAAGACAUUCAGUGCAAUUAUAAUGCUACUGUUAUCACAGUUGAAUACACCAUAGUGAAUAACCUUGUGGGAGACAACUUUAAACAUUUUGUCCAGAUUUCAGUAAAUGAGGGUUCCACAUUACUGCAAGUCAUGCAGAAAGCUGCUGAAAUGAAUCCAAAGGAAUUCAGUUUUAAAACAGAAGAAACUUUAUGGGGACCAUUUGUAACAACUAUUAAUCAUCUCAGCGGAAGCAGCAAUGACAAAACAUUCUGGCAGUUUUUCAGUGGAUCAACACCCUUAGAAGAAGGUGUUGGAACUUACAGACCAAGCAACAAGGAACAUAUCUUAGCUAUUUUUAGCAAAUACUGAUUUAAUGUUUUAAUAUACGUAUUGUAUUAAUUAAUUAAUUAAUCUUGUUUUUACUUUAUUCUCCUUGCUCCUUCACUUUGUUUUUCCUUUGGCCAGUCUAGAUGCAAAACCACAAUAUUCUAUUUUAAUGUCUGUGUCUGUCCUCUUGUAUAGGCCUCAAAGGCUUAAAUAAAUGUAAGGUAUCAUAAUGCUUAUCCUCUUUAGGCCACUGCACCUUAAUAAUAAAGGAAUUGCUACAAACAUA